GUUAUUGCACUCUACGUUGGUAAUCAUCCACAGUGCAAAAAGCCAGUGAGACAUGUCGAGUUCUUCCUGGAGCAACUCGAAUAUGAGUAUGAAGAUGGAAGAAAAUCGGCAAUCGAAAUGCUUAAUGUAUUUUUUGAAAAACUUGCAAAGGAUACGAACGAUCACUACGCGAUGUUAGCGUUUGUAAAGCUGGCAAUGCGUAUUGUAAACGAUGAAAGUGCCGAAUGUCGGCGAAUGGUUUCGCUGGCACUGCAACAGCUG